CUGCGUGUCGCAUCCCGGCGCCGGCCUCCCCGUCGGGAGUGACGCCGCAGCGGACUGCCCUUCUCCAAGAUGGCGUCGAAGAUGGGUUCGCGACGGUGGAUGCUGCAGCUGAUCAUGCAGCUGGGUUCGGUGUUGCUCACACGCUGCCCCUUCUGGGGCUGCUUCAGCCAGCUCAUGCUGUACGCUGAAAGGGCCGAGGCGCGCCGGAAGCCCGACAUCCCAGUGCCCUACUUGUAUUUCGACUUGGGGGCGGCCGUACUGUGCGCCAGCUUCAUGUCCUUUGGAGUGAAGCGGCGUUGGUUCGCGCUGGGGGCCGCACUCCAGCUGGCCAUUAGCACCUACGCCGCCUACAUCGGGGGCUACGUCCACUACGGGGACUGGCUGAAGGUCCGUAUGUACUCGCGGACGGUUGCUAUCAUCGGCGGCUUUCUCGUGCUGGCCAGCGGCGCUGGGGAGCUGUACCGCCGGAAGCCCCGCAGCCGCUCCCUCCAGUCCACCGGCCAGGUGUUCCUGGGCAUCUACCUCAUCUGCGUGGCCUACUCACUGCAGCACAGCAAAGAGGACCGGCUGGCGUAUCUGAACCAUCUCCCGGGAGGGGAGCUGAUGAUCCAGCUGUUCUUUGUGCUCUACGGCGUCCUGGCGCUGGCCUUCCUGUCGGGCUACUACGUGACGCUGGCCGCCCAGAUCCUGGCUGUCCUGCUACCCCCAGUCAUGCUGCUCAUUGACGGCAACGUUGCCUACUGGCACAACACACGGCGCGUUGAGUUCUGGAACCAGAUGAAGCUCCUUGGAGAGAGCGUGGGCAUCUUCGGGGCCGCUGUCAUCCUGGCCACCGAUGGCUGAGUUGCACGACAAGAGGCUGAGACGGGUGCAGGGAGCCACUGAGGGCCACCCUGCCUUCCUCCUUGCUGGCCCAGUUGUUUCUUUAUGCUUUCUGCUCUGUUGGUUUGGUUCUUUGCUAUGUGUGUAUGUGUCGGUAAGACGCAGGUCUCUUCCCCAGUGCCUGGGCUCAGCCCUUGGGCGUGGGAGCCCUGAGGAUGAUGCCUUACGGGGUUGUUUUUUCCUGUUCGUUAGGAGGACAGCUGAGGCCGACUGCUCCCUGGGUCAGCUGUCCCAGAGAAGGGAGUAAGGCAGGGCUCGGGUGGGGGUACUGAGAGUGGGAGACAGAGGAAGGAAGACUGCUCACAAACCGGAAGUGAGCAAAUGUGAAAAAUUCCUUUUCGAACCUGGCAAGAGCAGCUGGGCUCUACAGUGCUUUUUUGGAGACUGAGAGUGCAUAUAUGUGUGUUGAUGUGUGGAUCGGGCCGGGAGGUGCUGAGGGGCGGGGCACCACAGGAGUCACGUGAGUUCUCAGGGUAUGCCAGGGGCAGAAACCGCACUAGCUGUCCCCACCUUGAAAGCAGAGCAGGCCCCAGUCUGGGGUGUGCAGGGGUAGGGCGGGCAUCGGCCAACUUCCCGCCUCCUGCCUUCUGUUUCCAGCCAUAUGGUUGGCCUGGUUGGGGUGAGUGCCCUCCCAAACACCAGACCACACAGUCCUCCAAAAAUAAACAUUUUAUAUAGAUGUUUGGCUUUGCUUCUCCGCUCUCCCCACAGGGCACUUUGCCAUUGGCUGGGAUUGAUCUUGGGUUUCUUGAAAGACCACAUCUGGUUAAGCCCCACUUUAGUCCUCCCGUGAUCUCUGCCCUGUUCUGAGAGUUCCCACAAUCCUUGGCUGUCUGGUCAAGACCCUCCCUGUGGUCUGCUUUUGACCCAUACCCUCGGUCCCUGUGUUGUAGGUUGUCUUGUCCUCCCCUUUUCAGUCCUCCUGCUUUCUUUUGAAGAAUUCUUGGAGGGCAACGAGAGGGGGAGAGCUAAUGUUAAGGUUCCCCUACGAGGGUUUGACAUCUUCAGAUGAGGAAAUGGAAGCUCCAAGAAGGUAAGCAGCUUGCCUCCAAUCGCAGAGCUGGAUUCUAGGUCAGGCCUGUCUGAUGCCCGUGCACAGCCGUGCCCCCCACGCCACCCCUCUCCCGAGGGAAGUCAGAGGCUGCUCUGGGGGUUUGGUUCUGUCGUGGCCCCUGCUGUGCCGUGGUGGUCUUUCCCCUACUUGUCCAUGCACUUCCUGAUUGAAAGUAGCCUGGCAGCCAGCCUGGGGCCUGGUGCAUCGUGGAGGCCAAAAAUGCGGAAUGAAACCUCUGACUUUGGGCUCCGGGAGGCUGAGGUGUUCCCCUCCCACAGAUGCAGACAGCCUCCAGUGGGGCCUAGGGGAAAACAUGCAAGUCUGCGCUUGGCUCAGAGCCUGGCUUGGAGAGACAGCUGCGGCUGCUGUCGGUCUGGUCUGUGGGGUGGAGGAUGCUUCCUAACUCCAGAGUAAGGGAGCCCCUCGGGGGGCUGCUGACACCCAGCUGAGGGAGAUGGUGGCAGCAUUGAUCUUGGGGGCACUCCAUCUCAUUGAGCUCUCCUCU